CGCUUCUCCCCUCAUUGAUUUGAGCCAUCACCUCUCUGCUGCCAUGCGCCCCCCGCCAUUGCUGCUCCGCCGCCAGCUGCUGCUCCGUCCGUCGCCCCUCUCGCGUCGCAGCUUCCAUGCCACCCCCGCCCGCCGCCAUGCCGGCGCCGUGCUCGACGUCAUCUGCGCUCCGCCGCACCUCCUCCUCGACUCCCUCCACGCUGCCGGCGUGUCAUGGGCCUACGCCAUCCCCGUCUCCGCCCUCGUCAUGCGCGGCUUAUUCAUCUUCCCCUUCUUUUACCUGCCCGCCCGCACGGCUCAGUUGCGCCUCGUCUCCACCGUCCCGCUGAAGCGAGCCGCCGCCGCCCAUGCCGGAGCCACGACCGAAGCUGAGCUUCUCCAAAAGGGCCCCAGGCAAGCCAAGACGGCCGCCCAGAAUGCCAUGCGUCAACAUAGCAUGGUCAUAGACAAGCGAUGGAGGUGUCAGUUGUGGAAGCGUAUGCUGCCCUUGACUUCGUUGCCCAUCUUCUUGACGCUGGCCGAAACGAUACGCCGCAUGGCAGGGUCAGGCAAGGGCUUUCUCGGGAUGCUGCUUGAAUGGAUCUGGGGUCCGGAGACUGGCCAGACAGAAACAGCGGCGGCGGCAGCACCUGGCACCGACGCUGUGGUCGAUGCCGGCACUUCCCUCGUCCAACAAGUCGCCCAGUCUCCCUGGCUCGAGCCCUCACUUGCUACCGAGGGCGCCCUCUGGUUUCCCAAUCUCAUGGCUGCAGAUCCCACCAUGGCGCUCCCGGCUCUAGUCUCGGGAGCGACCCUCUUUACUCUCUGGCAUAGUUCAAAACGCAUUGGGCCUGCCUCGCAAGCUGUGCCCAAAAAGGGGAGGUCUGAGACUCUUCGCAAGGUGCUGAUGAGUGGAUCGCUUGCAAUCUUUCCACUGACUCUCAAGGUGCCUGCUGCCAUCAUGAUCUACUGGUUUAGCAGUACGGUCCUUGCGUUUGCCGGCAACGUGCUCCUGGAUAAAAUGUAUCCUCUCAAGAUGCCACCAGAGAGCUGCAAGCGCCGUAUUAAGCCGAAAAGAGUCAUGGUAGAUGUUAGGAAGCCAGAGGCUAAAGGAGCAUAAGGAACGGGAACUCAGCGAACCUGCGCGCGAGUAUCAGAGGUUCUUGGCACCGAGAGGUUUGAGGGUUUAGAACCCCGUUAGAGACUGCGGCAGUACAUAAAGAAGUGAAGUACAUGCCUCCAAGGUGCAUCACUGAUAUUUGGCUGUCAACCGUCGUAGAACAAAGUUGUUACAGAUGCUAAGGAAAAUCCGAGCAGACACGUAGAAGUUCAAGGCUUGUUGACUAAACAGCAUCCAUAUAGGCUAAGAAGUCUUACAAAUGUCAGGAUUGGUAGCUCGGCAGUUACCCACCGGGAU